AUGAAGCCCUCGCGCAUACCUGUAAGAGCCUUUGGUAACGCAGUAUACCAAUAGCCUAUCGAGUAACGUCAAUUAAGACCUUCUUCCACUUAGCAAACGAUGGAACCAAGACAAAUAAUGAGAUGCGUCUCAUAAGAAUAAAAAUUACCUUACCAACCUUUACAAUACGUCCAAUACCCUCAGUAAAGAGGUUCGAAUCCACCAAUUAGAAAACCCCUUUAAGAGACUGUUGCUUAUUAUCCAUAGUAGUAAUAAUAUUAAUAGUGUGUGCCUUUGAAAACUGAACAACAGAACAAGACAUCCUUAAUUCAGGAACUCAGCAAGGUUCAAUCUUAAGCCCAAUUGAAUUUAGCAUAACAAGAUGAUACGAAUCAGUCAGCUAUCAUUAAACAACAAAAUGAAUAAAUUUAAUAAUUGCAAACACAACUAUCAGAGAAAGUUCAUUAGUAUUAAUAAUUGCAAGAAAGAUUUAAUGUAGAAUUCAGGAAGUUUUAGGAAGAUAUCAGAUAUAAGUUAACUAAUAUUGAUUUGAAUAUCUCUUAAAAUGAUUACACUUAACAGUUUAUGUUGGAAAUUGAUAGGAAAGUCUCUAAUCUGUAAAAUAAUCUAAAUGAACAGUUUAAGGAAUUGUAAGAUAAUUUUGAAUAGAAGACUAAAUAGAGUGAACACUUAGUUAAAAAUCUAUCUUCCAAUAUAUCCUUAAGAUUGAAUGAGGAUGAAUAACACUUCAAACAAGAGAUUGAGAAUCUAAAUUCUAAGCUGAAUUCUAAGGCUGACAGAUAGAAAGUAGAAUAGACUAUUUAAGUUUAAAUUACUUCAUUAUAAAACUAAUACUAAUUGCAAUUGUAAUAGGCUCAUCAAUUACUAAAUAAAAUUAAUAACGAAAAAAGCGAUGAACUCCAACAAAUCAAAAAUUAAAUACAAAACACGUUAAUGCAUUUAACACAAUAAGUCAAUUAAAAAUUGUAACACAUGUAUGAUACUAUAAAUGAACGAGAUUAGGAGAAUAAUAGCAAUAAACAAGAGAGCAAAUAACUGAGUUAACACUUCACCAAUUUGACAAAUAAAUUUAAGUAAUUGCAACAAUAAUCUGUUGAAACUAUAACAUAAUUAAAGUAGAAGAACAAGUAAAUUGAAAAGGAAAAACAAGAACUUAAUAAAUAGUUGACUUAACAAUAGUUCUUAGUUUCAUAAUUCUAAUCUGAAAUUACUAAAUUAAAAAAUACAAACUCUUAAUUGACUCUACAAUUGUCUCCUUAAGUUAAAUAAAAUAGUUUCUUUUCUACUUCUACAGCAGUUGCAAUAGGAAAAUAGAAAUCAAAAAAGUAAAUAAGUAUUGUCAAAAAGAAAAAUGAAAUUAGUUUGGAUGAUUUUGCUGAUUUUAAUGAAAAUUCAUUACUGGAUUCAAAUGAUAGUUUUGAAAUUAAUGAGACUUGUGGUUUCAGCAAAACAAAAAAGAAUGCUUAAAUUGAAGAAUUCCAAAGUCCACCAAGAAACCCAUUUAAGAAAUCCUAAAUAUAGAAUAAUAUUAAAAUCUUAAGUGAGGAUAUCAGUGCCUAAGUCUCUUGCAAAAGCAGAGGAAAAUCAGCACCAUUACCUUUGAUGAAUGCUUUGACUAAGGCAAUAAAAAGAAGACUGCUUUAUCUAGGCAAAAAUGACAGAAUUUUGACAUGUACGUAUGAUUCUGAGAAACAUUUGAUCGAUUGUGAUAUGGGAUUAUGCUUAUUGGAUGAAAAUGGCUCUCCAUUUGUAGUUAGUGAGUAGGAAAAGGCUCAAUUGAUACAAAUGAAGUUGAUUAAGAUAAAUUGA